UUACGCUCGUCUCGUGGCUCAUUUCCAUGCAGGUUUACUGAAGCCUAAUUCUAUGUCGGAAAUGGGGUUUCAUAUUAACGGUCACGUUCUCAGUUUUUGGAAUGGCAGCAACAUUUACUCUGUCGCUAACAGGUUCUACAGAAGCGGCGAUACCUGAUAUGCAAGUUAGCCCAGCAAUCUUAAUAUAUCAAACCUCACAUCACGUUCUCAAACUACUGCGAUUGGUCCAGUCUGCUCAGCGCUGAGAAAAUUUAGCUAUUGCUACGUGACCAGGUCUGCUACUUCAUGAGGUUAAACCUGAGAAAUGACACGGAUUUUUUAAAUAUUUGAAUUUGUAUAGUUUGUUUAUAAUAGCCACUGGCUUGAUAAAAGAAUCGCAGAGUCUUUUCUUACAACACCAAGCCCCGCCCACUUUGUACCCUGUUCCAGUGAAGAUUGUGACGUCGUGUUUCAGUUCUGAGCGUUGAGCGCAGAUGCGUCCUGCAGUCAGUGAGGCUCGGCUGCAAUGUUAUAGUCUUUGCGAGAGCUAUAUUUCUGUCGGCACCGAUGUUUUCUCUCGUAAUCUUGCUCUCAUUCCUGGCUAUUUCGGCUGAUGCGGAUUUUUUUCAAUUCGAUAGCAUUUCAAAUGUUUCUUCCUAUUAUUUCAAUUACAUCUAUUGCAAUAUUUGGGAAGGGGACUGUCAACCACACCAGGAUGAUGCAACCCAACAAGUGGCUGCUGGGGACAUUUGGUCAGGGUUUCCCCAGUACUACACUGGCAUGCUGACUGCAUGGUACUGCAGCCUGGGUCAAUGCUGUGAUUCAGGAGACUGUAGAAUUACAAAUAACAUCACAGGAUUGGAAAAAGAUCUACAGGUGAAGCUUCAUGGGCAGCACCUGGUCCAGUCUGUGGUUCUGAAAGCCAUUCAGGGAUUCAUCAAAAACCCCGAGUCCAACAAACCACUGACUCUGUCCUUUCACGGCUGGUCUGGGACAGGCAAGAACUUUGUGGCCCGGAUAGUAGCGGACAACCUCUACCAGGAUGGUAUAAAGAGUGAAUGUGUGCGUUUGUUCAUUGCCCCAUUCCACUUCCCUCACGCGAGAUUGGUGGACGUGUACAAGGGCCAGCUAAGAGAAGCCAUUCGAGACAUGGUUCUGCGAUGCCCACAGACACUCUUUAUCUUUGAUGAGGCAGAAAAGCUUCACCCGGGACUCAUUGAUGCCAUAAAGCCCUACAUGGACCACUAUGAUAAUGUGGAUGGGGUCAGCUAUAGAAGAGCCAUAUUUCUGUUCCUAAGCAAUAUCGGUGGUGGUGCCAUCAAUGAGGUGGCACUUGAUUUCUGGCACUCGGGACAGAAUAGGGAAGAUAUCGGCAUGGAAGACUUGGAACAUCUUCUGCGUGCUGAAGCCAUGGAAGCAGAAGGAGGUUUUGCGCAGAGUGAGCUGAUUUCAGGCCAUCUGAUUGACUUCUUUGUACCAUUCUUGCCGCUGGAGUACCGGCAUGUGAAACUGUGUGCACAUGAUGCAUAUGCAGCUCGUGACCUUCAGCCGGAUGAGGGGACUCUGGAUGAAGUGGCUAAAGCCAUGCUGUACGUUCCUAAGGAGGAGAAACUCUUCUCUGCACAGGGCUGCAAAUCCAUUCCUCAAAGGAUCAAUUUCUUUUUGCCAUAACGGAGAGCAACAUAAGAUCACUGACAUUAAAGAAACACAGAGUAUACUUGAAUGAAGCAGAAAUGACUGCUGAUAUCUGAAAUGCAAAUUAUACAACGCUGACAAUGCAGAAAAAAACGUAAUAUGUAGAGUUUCAACUCUAUAUAGGACAGGGAGAGAGGGGUUUGCUCAUGGUAAACCCUACUGAAAUGAUAUUUUUGAGAACUUUUUAUCUGUAUCUAUCUUAUCUACUUCUCCCAAGCCAUGUUACAGUUUACAUGCAUUGAUAUGAACUUAAGCAACCUAACCUCUUUAAAAAAAAGACUGCAUUUACAGUAAUGCACUUACACUGGAAGCCUCUUAAGCAAGCAAAACCAGUGUUUGAAAUUUUUUUUUUUACAUUUACAGUUAAAUGGAAAUUGCUGUUUGCAACCUUUUUGUACUUCCAUACUAUGUAUUUCUGAGCAAAACAGGAUAUUCAAUAGAAAAAUUAAUUGAUUGGAUCUGCUAGGCUUUUCCUGUAAGUAUAUUGUUGUCAAAUGCGUUUUAAAAGACCAUUUUAAAUGUUUUUCUGUGGUAAUCGACUGAAUGUAAGUUUUCUUUAACCUGGAAUAUUUCUUUUAGUUGCUGUUAUAUAUUUUUGGC